AUGGAACAAGUAGACCGCGCCCUCGAUAAAGGCGCGAGGGAGCCCAUCAGCAAGCUACGUAACGCUACGUACGAUCAUGCUGCGGGUUCAAUGGGCAAGAGAAUAGCCUGGUGGCACAAUCACAUAUGGUCGCGCGAAGAAACGUGGUACCGGGCAUCGGUCAUCUGGCUCGACAUGUACGGCGAGCAAGACAUCUCUUUGAACGAUUACGACCGCUGUGUCACGCACCUCGCAAACACUUUCGAGAUUGAAGACGACGACUUUGGCUAUCAGGACUAUGUUCUCUGGACUUGGAUCCCAUUUCUGGUCUCCAUGCCCUUCGCAAUGGCGGCACGUUGGACGCAACGGCGGGGGCUCUUCCGACCCAUCAAUGGGAUGCAGCGGCUGUUGAUGUGGUCAACGCUGUACCCUGCCACCAUGCAGACGUAUCAGCACUACUCGAACCUUCGAGGAUUGGAGGCCAAACGCGCUAUUGCCAAGCGAAUCCGCGAGAAGCUUGGGAUCGACCCUUUGAUCAGCAAGAUGAUUACUUGA